AUGGUAGAUAUCACUGACUUCUUUGGUAAGGGGAGGAAAUCAGGUUCAAAGAGUACCAUAUCAAACACCAAAAAACCCGCUAGGGCAGCUACUGUACCUGCAACUACAACUACAACUACUAAACAUGAUAUAAUCGAUCUAGAUGAUGAUGAUGAUGAAGAUCUUUUAGAAUUGCAAUCCAAAAAGAGAAGAUUAAAAGAACCAGACACUAUAAUCAUAGAUUCACCUUCACCAAAGAGGAAAAAAAAUAAAGAAGUUUCAGUGUCUAAAGAUACAUAUGAUCAGCAUGAUAAAACCACUGAAACAAAAGAAAAUCAGCCUUUUGUUUUUAAGCCAAUACCUAUUGUCCCUAUAAAGAAUAGAGAACAAUCAAUCAAUUCUAUAAAAAAAGAAAAUGUGUCCUCUAAAGCAAUUAGAGUAGACGAAAACUUUACAGUUCCUGCAAAUGUUUCCAAACAUAAACUCACCGCGGAAGAGGUGCUAGCUAAAAUCCCAUCUCUUGACCUAAAUAGCGUUCAUGUCAAAGAAGAUGCUAAAUUUGAUUUUAGAGCGCGUGGGACUCAAGAUGUGGAGGGUACUGGAGAAACACCGAGCGAUUUUCCUGAAGGUUCACCAAAUUGCCUGUUAGGUUUAACGAUUGUUUUCACCGGUGUAUUGCCUACAAUUGAAAGAGGUGCAGCAGAAAGUUUAGCCAAAAAAUAUGGUGCACGAGUCACGAAAUCUAUAUCUGGCAAGACAUCAGUAGUAGUAUUAGGUGACGAUGCAGGGCCUAGAAAAGUGGAGAAAAUUAGACAACUAAAGAUUAAGGCAAUAGAUGAAGAAGGUUUUAAACAACUAAUAGCAGGGAUGCCAGAAGAGGGCGGAGCCGGGACUGCAGCAGAGAAGGCAAGACAAAAAUUGAAAGAGGAGGAAGAAAAAACAAAAAGAGAAGUAGAAGCUAUGUUAAAAGAGGAAAAAUUGAAAAAAGCCAGAAUCAAACAAGCAGAAGCCUCUGGUAAAUCCAUUAAACAAGAAGAUAUGGUUAGAGACGAAGAUAAAUUAUGGACUGUUAAAUAUGCACCAACUGAUAUAUCACAAAUAUGUGGUAAUAAAGGUCCGAUAACAAAAUUAGUGAAUUGGUUGAAAAACUGGGAUUCAAAUAAAAGAAUGGGGUUCAAGAGCCCUGGGAGAGAUGGUACGGGUAUAUACAGAACUGUUAUGCUAUCUGGUCCACCAGGGAUUGGGAAGACGACAGCGGCUCAUUUAGUAGCUAAACAGUUUGGCUAUGAUGUGCUCGAACAAAAUGCAUCCGAUGUUCGUUCUAAAUCAUUAUUAAAUGAAGGUGUAAAAAAUGCUUUAGGUAAUAUGUCAGUUGUUGGGUAUUUUAAAAAUAAAAGUAAUACUGAUGAUGUCAACGGUAAAAAAUUUGUUAUUAUCAUGGAUGAAGUUGAUGGUAUGAGUGGUGGUGAUCGUGGUGGUGUAGGUCAAUUAGCUCAAUUUUGUCGUAAGACUACCACACCAAUGAUUUUAAUAUGUAACGAACGUAAUUUACCUAAAAUGAGACCCUUUGAUAGAACAUGUCUUGACAUCCAAUUCAGAAGACCUGAUGCAAAUAGUAUUAAAGCUAGAUUGAUGACUAUCUCAAUUAGGGAAGGGUUUAAACUGGAUCCAACGAUUAUUGAUAAAUUGGUACAAACCACAAGGGGCGAUAUUAGACAAAUCAUCAAUUUAUUGUCUACUAUCUCAAUGACCACAAAAUCAAUUGGACAUGAUAAUAUUAAGGAAAUUUCGGAAUCCUGGGAAAAGAAUGUUGCACUGAAACCGUUUGAUAUUACGCACAAAUUGCUGGACGGGCAUAUCUAUACCGAUCUUGGAUCCAAUACAUUUACAUUAAAUGACAAGAUUGGGUUAUAUUUUGAUGAUUUGGAUUUCACACCAUUGAUGAUUCAAGAAAACUAUAUUCAUUGUAAACCAGGAAACUUACCAGUGAACAAAUCUCCAUUAGACAUGAUUGCAGAAGCAGCAGACAGCAUAUCAGAAGGUGAUUUAGUAGAAAGAAGGAUUCGGAGCAGUGAACAAUUGUGGAGUUUAUUGCCACUACAUGCUGUGCUAUCUUCUGUACGCCCUUCUUCAAAAGUAGCAGGACAUAUGGCGGGAAGGAUCAAUUUUACAAGUUGGUUGGGCCAAAAUUCCAGGACUAAUAAAUAUUACAGGUUGUUACAGGAAUUGCAAUAUCAUACCAGAUUGAGCACUUCAACAGACAAGGUUGGUCUCAGAUUAAAUUAUUUACCCACUUUAUAUAGUAGAUUGUUGCGUCCACUGGUGAAAGACGGAAGUGAGGGUAUAGCGGAGGUAAUCCAAUUAAUGGAUGAUUACUAUUUGACCAAGGAAGAUUGGGAUGUUGUGAUGGACUUUAUGAUUGGUCCUGACAAGACUGAUUUAAUAAUCAAAAAGAUACCUACUGCAGUGAAAAGUUCCUUCACAAGAAAGUAUAACAGUAUGACACAUCCUGUGGUAAUUUAUAAGACAGGAUCCAGUAUAGGAGGUGGGGGUUCAAGUAGUUCAAGCGGUUCUAUUAACCAGCCCGAUUUCGAAGAUGUUGUGGAUGCAGACACAUCCAACGCUACGCCAGAUGAUGAUGAUAACGAAGAUGAUACGGAAUUAGACUUAAAGAAGGACAAGUUAAUCAAACAAAAAGUUAAACCAACUAAAAAGAAAGCUACUUCAACUAAGAAACCAGCACCAAAGAGACGGAGGACUAAGGCAUAA